AAACCUUCUAAACCAAUGAGUAUAGUGUUGGUAAUAAUUUUAGUAAUAUAAAUUAGCUAAUUAAAACGUGUAUGUGAUGAUGAAUUAGUAAAUAAUUAUUCACCGUAUAUAUCUAAUGCAUAUAUCCAUGGUCAUACUGGUCUAAGCAAGAGUAACGUUACAUAGACUAACGAUAAUGUUUGAGCUUUUGGUUUGAAGGGAAAUUUACUCGUUUUCUUUCUACUUAACGUUUUCUCUCGGUAAUUUGAAACAACGGUUGCCGCCAUAACUUUGGACAACGGCACAUAUUAUUAUGUUUUGUGCAGGAUUACACACAGGAGGAACCAAUGAACCAUCGUAAAUGUUUGCCAGACGGAACAUAACUGGGGAGUUUGAAACUACAAACAUGAAUCGACCUGCUGGGAGCAGAGUGCCUCCAUGGAUAGAGAGUCUGAUCCUGUGCUAUGGCAGUGAGGAGGAGAGCAGCAGCGGGCAGCUGAAGGCUCAUGUCAUCGGGGUGGGUCAGAUGUCUCAGUCCCAGGCUCAGGGCUCUGAGGGCCCCACGGGGCUGCUCUUCCUGUCCGACGGGGUGCUGCAGAUCCCUGCCAUUCUCACCGCCUCAGCCUGGGAGCAUCUUCAGGAGCAGGAGGACCGCGAAUGUUUCACCAGCCUGGUCAACACGACUGUGUGUUUUCAGGACUACCAGCUGCGGUUUCACAUGGCCCUCGAACUAACUAAAUGCAGCUUCUUCUUAUUAGUUGGAGAGCUGGCUACGACUGCAGCCGGUACAGUUAAAGACACCACCCCUGCCAGCACGGCACAGCCCUCCAUCAGGCUGAAGAUCUGCCAGACAUGGAGGGCCCUGCUGGCUCAGGAGACGCUGGACUCUCAGAUGAGCCAGUGGGGGUGUGAGCUGUCUGAGUUGCUUGGGGAAUGGCAGAAUGACUGUCUGCAGACUGUGCUGGAUGAUGUUCGGGAGAGGCUGAUGGUAGCGAGCAGCCAUCCUGUGAGCCUGCAGUCCUCCACCUCAACUUACAACCCACCGCCGACCCACCCAGACACAUUCACUGCCACAAGCUGGGCUGUUGACAGGGUCAGAUAUAAGGGACUGAAACGUUUCACUGUCCCUAUAAAGUGUCUUCUCAUUCCAGAGAAAGAUGCUUUACAGCUGCAAACACCAUUGAAUGUUGGGAGUAGGACAACAAGUGGACUUUGUGCAGCCCCUGAGGACAUGAAGAGAGAUUUACCUCAAGUAUGCAGACCUUCGGAGACCACACAGCUUUCUGUUGAUGAUGCAGAGUGGCAAAUAACCAAUCCGGCAGUUGUAGAGGGAGAUGGAGACUCCAAUGACAAUUCACCUCGUCUAGUGGAGGACAGCAUGCUGCAUGAGGACACAAUUGCAGCGAUGAUUGAUAGUGACAUCAGGCCUUUAUCCAACCCGUGGGACAUUUUUCCUCCACCAUGUGAAACUUCAUCAUCCUCUGAUGCAUCCUCAGAAGCAACACCAACCCAUUCCCUGCACAAUCCCAUUUCUACUGAAUUCAAGUCUGAUAAUUCUGAGAUCUUAACCAGCAAUCAACUUCCUCUCUACAGCUCGAAGGUCACAUCAGACCUCAGCAAAGGAGAGCACAGCUUCCUCCCGCCAUACCAGAAAGCUCCACAAUUAACCAGCCUCCCCGCCACUGCUUGUUCUUCAAAUAUAACUUCUGUGAGUCCACCAGAGCUCUUUACCAGACCGUCACACCUUAUACUGGCAACAGACAAACACCCCACCGACACAGCAAAACAAAAUCUUCUGGAUUUGGAUCAAGAAGCUCAGAUCAGUGAGAGCCCUCCAUCUUGGAUCUUUGACACUCAUGCAGGCUCCAGCGCCGAAGGGGGCAGCAGUAACAACCCGGGUCAAACAGUAGGGACUGUCUCGAGAAAGAGCCCCACUGUUCACAGUGACGGCAGGCUGUUCUCUUAUUCUUACCAAGUGUCUGGACAGAAUCUGCAGGAUUUCAGUCGUUUCAGUGUCGCAGAGUCCUGUCUGCACUGGGCAGUGAAAUAUCUUGUUGUUCCAAAGCAGACCAAUAAUCCACACAACACAUCAGUAACCUCCAAUGAAAUGUCGUCUGACGGGACCGAGGUCACUUCACUUUCAGGCUUAAAAUCUUGAAAGACCGUAUAGCUGAUCUGUUAUUGUUUUCAGCUUGUUGGAUAUUACGAGCUCCUCUGACAUAAUGUUCUAGAGCAGCUCUGUAUAGUUGAGUCUAUUUUGUACAGUGUGUUUGAAGCACCAAGUUAAGUCUAUAGAUUGUUAAAAAAUAUAUAAAUUGCUACAUGUUCACUGUGAAACAUUUUAAGCUUGCCCAGUUUAAUAAAAAUAACUUUUUAGAAAAGCACAAGUUCCUUUGCUGUCUUAAUUAAAAAUAAUAUUUACUUAA